AUGACGAUCUUAAAGAACAGGACAACAGCUAUUGUAAAGACCUAUCCCUUCAGGAAGAGCCGGAAUAAGGAAGUUGGGGCCGCCCUUUUCCAAAUGAAGAAACACAAUGCUUCUAAUACGAUCCCUGGAAUUUUCCAGGGUGAAGAGCAAGAAUGGGCUCGGUUCCAACCAUUCUUGCUAAGGACAACCUCGCUCCUAGCNAUCAACAUUUUCUCCGACGCCGGGCCCGACGUCCGCUGGGUGGGCGACGAGUCGGGCUUCGCCGGCUCCACCUGUUGGUCCACCAUCAACCGAACCAUGCUGAGGAUCGGAGACGCCGGCAUCGUCGACUACCUGAACACGGGGGAUCCGCGGGGGACCGACUGGGUCCCGCCGGAGUGCGACGUCUCGAUCCGGCCCGGGUGGUUCUGGCACAAGAACGAGACGGCGAAGCCGCUGAGCCAGCUGCUGGACAUAUACUACAAGGCGGUCGGCCGCAACUGCGUGCUGCUGCUCAACGUGCCGCCGAACUCCACCGGGCUGAUAUCCAAGGGCGACACCGUCCGGCUGCGAGAAUUCCGCUCGGCGAUCGAAACGAUCUUCGGGACCGACUUCGCCAAGGGGAGCAAGGCAAAGGCAAGCAGCCAGAGAGGCGGCGACGGCGGGGGGUUCGCGGCAAGCAACGUGCUCGACGGGGACGACGACACCUUCUGGGCCCCAAAAGCAGAAGAAGUCAGCCGUGGCGAGACGCAGGGGUAUUGGAUCGAAUUGUCGGAACUGAAUCCGUGGUCUCGGUUUAACGUGAUCAGAAUACAAGAGGCGAUAGCAAUGGGCCAGAGGAUUCGGUCGCAUUUCGUGUUUGUCGACGGGGCGGCGGUCGGGAACGGGACGACGGUCGGGCACAAGCGGCUCCACCGGCUCGAGACGGCGGCGUGCGGCCGGACGGUGCGGAUUUGGAUCGCCGAGUCGCGGGGGCCGCCGCUGCUGUCCGAGGUCGGCCUACAUUUCGAUCCCUUUGUGGAGGAAUCAAAAAAUAGAGCAAAAUAAUGAGAUUAAACUGU